AUGGAAGCCUGGGCAGUGGUUGAGCACGGAAAGCCGCUGGAGAAGAUCCAGCGGUCAAUUCCUGAACCUCAAGGAACGGAAGUCCUGGUCAAAGUUACGCACUGUGGUGUGUGUCAUUCCGACCUACAUUUUUGGGAAGGCUCCUAUGAUCUUGGAGGAGGUCACCGGUUCAACAUCAGCGAUCGUGGUGUCAAACUGCCCCGGGCUGUGGGACAUGAAAUUGCAGGUGUCGUCGCUAAGUUAGGUCCUGACGUAGAGGGCGUGGCCAAAGGCGACCGCCGUAUCGUCUACCCGUGGGUUGGGUGCGGGAAAUGCAGAAGGUGUCAGCAAGAGCAGGACAAUCUCUGUGCGGCACAGCGAAGCCUCGGCGUCGCCCAAGACGGCGGCUUUGCAUCCUAUGUUUUGGUGCCUCAUGCAAAGUACCUGGUGGAUGUGGGCGACGUCGACUUGGCCGUGGCCUGUACAUUUGGCUGUUCUGGAAUCACUGUCCUGAGCGCAAUCCAGAAAGUUAUGCCACUCGAUGCGGACGAUGCAAUCAUCCUCAUUGGCGCAGGUGGUCUUGGGCUGGCCGCCAUAUCGAUGCUCCUCGGCCUAGGCCACCGGAACAUCAUCAGCCUCGACAUCAGGGAAGAAAAGCGUCAGGCGGCGCGAGAGGCAGGUGCGAAGGUCGUGGUCGACAGUACUGCUUCCGAUGCUGCAGCUCAGGUGUCUACUGCUGCGGGAGGACCGAUCUACGGGAUUCUCGACUUUGUCAACAAUUCGGCGACCGCGCUUUUGGCAAUGAACUUGUUGGGCAAAGGAGGCCGCAUGGUGCAGGUGGGUGUUUUGGGGGGAGAACUGAAAUUGUCCUUAGUGGGCAUGAUUUUCAAGGCAGCCACAAUCUCGUUCAACAACACGGGCAAUCUAUCUCAUCUACGCCAAGUAGCUCGACUGGCUACUGAAGGGAAACUGAGGCCACUUCCCGUCACGAAAAUUCCUGCAGACCAAGCAAACGCAGCCUUGACGGCCUUGCAAGAAGGGAAAGUGGUCGGUCGUCUAGUUUUGACCUACACCUAA